AUGAAUCAUUUUAUGGAAAUGAAUACAGAGGGCACUGCAUCGAAUAUAUCGAAUAAUAACCUUGGGGACUUCUCCUCGGCGCCAGUAGAUAUGAACAAUGAUCGUUAUGACAAUAAUCAUCGCAGACCCAAUAUUGCCAAUCUCUUUUCAUCUGCAAGCGAUUAUUAUCGUCAGCAUCAUCAAGAGGUAAAGUCCAAUUCCGACUUGCAACAAAAUGAUCUGAAUAGUAACACCACAGUCUCGAGGCCCUUCUUUGAUCAAGUCCCCGGCGCCACGAGGAGGAUCAAUCGAUCCAACAGCAAUCUCUCAGCAGAUCAAGAUAUGGGGCGCAUCAUCACUCCCGACUUUUCCAUCUUCUCAGCCUCUACUGGUGCCGUAGAUGACCUGGAACCUCUUCCAAUGAACGCGCAUCAGAAUCCACAAUACGAAGCCGCACUCCAGUCCAUGCUCAAGGACUCUUGCGAGUUUCUCUUUGGUACGGAUGGUAUUAGCAAUGAUUGCAAAAAGAAUAAGGCAUUAUCAUCCUACAAAAGUACUGCUAGUGGAAAUAAGCAGGUCGAGAAAAAGCGAAAGAGAAAGGAUAGUAUGGAUUCCGAUGCUGACUAUUCCUCGGAUCCUGGACGCUUCCGGGUCUAUCAGGCCGAGCAAUGGGAGGAACGGGUCGAAGCCCUAUUGGAAUUUCGAAGAAUCCACGGGCACUGUUCCGUGCCCUACGACUACCCAGCCAAUCCAUCUCUCUCAAGAUGGGUCAAGCGCCAGCGCUAUCAGUACAAACUGUUUCGGUUGGGUCAAGCAUCUGCCAUGACGGAACGCCGCAUACAAACCCUCGAAUCGAUUGGCUUUGUGUGGGAUACCUACACGGCCGCCUGGGAACGACGCAUCUCGGAAUUGAGGGCCUACCGUGCGGAGAAUGGAGAUUGCAACGUUCCAGCCACCUACCAAGUGAACCGCAAGCUAGCCGCAUGGGUCAAGUGUCAACGCCGCCAGUACAAACUGUACCAAGAGGGCAAACCCAGUACACUUACGGCUGACCGUGUUGCGGCCCUAAACCGCAUGGGCUUUCAUUGGGAGAUGCGACCGUAUCGAAGACAGGACGAGAGUGAUGAACAACUAUAA